CUCUCUCUCUCUCUCUCUCUCUCCCAACAACAGAACAAUGACACUUCAACCUCCAAACUCCUCCAAUAAUAACAUCAUAUGCAGCCAAUGCUUCAAGCAAUUCCCCUCUCAGAAAUCACUCUUCGGCCACAUGAGAUGCCACCCAGACCGGAACUGGCGUGGCAUCCACCCACCUCAUCUCAACCCCCCCAUCACAUCCCAUCAACAAAACCACUCUACCGAUCUUCCAGCCAACGACGACCGGGACCACGAUACCGCCCUCUUCCUUCUCAUGCUAGCCCACAGCGACCACAAGGCUUUCGAAGACCGUUUUUCUACGAAAAGGAAAAGGAAAAGCAGAACGAGAGACAGUUCAAACACACAACCACUUGAAACCCAUCUGGGUCCCACCACAAACCUUCCUAUGAGGAGUGCAGCUUGUGUUGGGGUCCACAAGUGCUCCAUCUGUGAUAGGGUAUUCCCAACAGGGCAGGCUUUAGGUGGGCAUAAGAGAUGCCACUGGGCAAGAGGGGAGAGGCUGAACCGGGUUCAAGGCUUGCCGGUUUUCGAUCUGAACGAGCCGGCUCCGAUCUCGGAAGAGGAUGUGGAAGCUGCUUAUGGGAUGGUGGACGUUGUUCCUUCUUGUGUGAAAUCUUUGAAAUUUCUCGGCCGUCCUUUUUAUGGUUUAGAUUGAGAAGACUUGACGGCUCAAAACAGUAGGAGGUGAGAGACUCGUGAUGGGUUCACGGCACACAUGUGAAACAUCUGUUGGGUCCCACCUUGGAAUAUGUUUUACCAAAAGUCAAGCUGGCCCACACAAGCGUUGCCCUUGCAUCUUGAUCAAUACAGACUGUUGGUUGUUUUUGUUUUCUAAUCACUCA